AUGUCUACUCACUAUCAUCGAUAUUUCACCGAAUCGAUUUCUCACAUUCUCAAACAGAGAAAUCUACGACCUUUGGCUGCAUUGAGUUUCGCUUCUGUCUUGCAGGCGACCUGGGAAUUUCUUCUCAUCUCCAACUCUCAAGGUUUGGAGAAUGGAGGCAUGGCCGGUUUAUUCUGGUCAUUUGUCUGGACGUUCAUUGGAUUUGGGUUCAUUAUCGCUUCACUUUCCGAGAUGGCUUCCAUGGCACCAACCUCUGGCGGCCAGUAUCACUGGGUCUCCGAGUUUUCCCCGCCCCGAUACCAAAAGUUUCUUAGUUAUAUUACAGGAUGGAUGUCAGUAUUAGCAUGGCAAGCCGGAUCAGCCUCUGGAUCCUUUCUCACUGGAACCAUCAUCCAGGGAUUGAUCAGCAUCCGCAAUCCGGACUACACCCCGGAAAACUGGCAGGGUACUUUGUUUGUUUUUGCGAUGAUCCUGGUGAUCUACGUCUUCAAUGUGUAUGCAUCUAAUCUGAUGCCAAUAUUGAAUAACCUCUUGAUGAUUUUUCAUAUUCUGUCGUGGGCGGUGAUUGUAAUUGUAUUGUGGGCCAUGGCUCCUCAUCAAUCUGCAAAAGCUGUUUUUACACAAUGGGAAAAUCUUGGAGGUUGGUCUAGCAUGGGCCUGAGUGUGAUGAUCGGGCAAAUCUCGGCUAUAUACGCUUCGUUGAGUUCUGAUGCAACUGCACACAUGUCCGAAGAAGUCAAAGAUGCAAGUCGAAGCGUACCAAUUGCCAUCGCCUGGGGAUAUUUCAGCAACGGCAUCAUGGCAAUCGUCUUACUUAUUGCCUACCUCUUCGCUAUCCCAUCGGUGGAAGACGCCUUGAACGAUGCCACGGGCUUCCCAUUCCUCUACGUCUUUCAAAACGCUGUCUCAACAGCAGGAGUAAACGGGCUUACCGCAAUCAUUCUACUACCAGUGAUCUUUAGCAACAUUUUCUUCAAUGCUUCCACCUCUCGCCAAACCUUCGCCUUUGCGCGUGACAAGGGUCUCCCAUUUGCGAAAUGGAUCUCAAAAGUCGAUAACAGGCGUAAGAUCCCGGUCAACGCCAUUGCCUUGUCGUGUAUCAUCAGUUGCUUGCUUUCGCUAAUCAAUAUCGGCUCUCUUACUGCUUUUAAUGCCAUCAUUUCCUUGAAUGUGGCCGCACUAAUGUAUACGUACAUUAUAUCAAUUAGUUGCGUGAUUUAUCGGAAGAUCUGGCAUGCCGAGACCCUUCCACCCCGUCGAUGGGAUAUGGGGCGAUGGGGCUUACCUGUGAACAUCAUCGGACUGUUAUAUUGCUGCUUUGCUUUCUUCUGGUCAUUGUGGCCUAGCGAUCUUCCGGUCACUGUGGACAAUUUCAACUGGAGCGUAGUGAUCUUUGGAGGCGUUUUCAUAAUUAGUCUUGCGAUGUUUGUGUUGAAGGGACGGAAGGAAUAUGUUGGGCCUGCGGCCAUAGUCUCACGCUCCCAGGAUUGA